AACACAAGACACACAUGUGACCUCUCGCCUUUUUAAUUGCCAAAGCUGCUCGAGUAAGCUAAUUUAAACUAUCCCUGUCCUAGCUCUGUAUUCUUAAGACAAGUACUUAAGCAAACAACAGGAGAUUCUAUAGAUUCUCUGUUCAUAACCUCCAGGCUUUAGCUUUUAAAGAUGGAGAAAGGUGUCCCCAAUGUGAAUGUGGAGCCAGUAGCCCCUUACCCGGCCAAAGACAUAGUCCACGAAGUAAAGAAUGUGUUUAUAUACAUACCAGCAGAGCUGUCAGCUACCGGGUUUGAACUGAAGAUUAAUGGAUUUGUUAGGAUUGUGAAAAAGGAAUCAGAUAAUUUACUGGUGUGGGAUCCUCUGGAAUUAAGCUAUCAAGAUGUCGCCUGUCUCUUCUCCUCUGAGUCUGAUGGCUGGACAAUCAUAGACGAGCCGUAUGAGGUUCCAGUUAUUGUUGAUGAACAUGAAUGCACUUAUCCCAGUAUCUAUCCUAAGCUUGAUCUCAAACCACCUGAUCCUAUUCUACCCACAGCUGCAACUGCUACUUCUCCUACUAGGAACAAUAAAAAUGGUGGUAGUAAAGGGAGUCCUUCUGUCAGGUAUAAGGUCGGGAAUGAGGGAGAACAGAAAGUAGGAGGAGCCAAAGGAGGCUCUUCUCCUGUGAUUGCAUCAUCUAAAACAAGUCCAGUUAGUUUCAGUCUCUCUCAAUUGAAAAUGGUCCGUGAGACCAACAGACGUGAGGGUACCAGACUCACCUUCUUCCUAAAAGAUGGGAAGGAACUGCCAACACUUUCAUUUCAUGAUGGAGGAACAGCAGGACUCCUGCAAUCAAUGCAACGGUUCCUAUACUUAGUGAGGGAUGGUAAAGAUAAUAGAAUUAUUCGUGUUGAGAAGAAUCCUGUCGUUGAGAUGAGCCGAAAGAAAACCCCACCCCCUUCUGGCCAUAAACCACACCUACCUUACCAUAUCACUCUCAGUGGAAGAGGAAGUUCAUUCCCAAGGGCUCUUGUACAAGAUCUUGGUAAGAUAGUCCGAAACACAUUCCUACCACCAGACAGUGAGCAGUUACUGGAGAGGAGACCAGUGGAGACCAACGAUGAAGAGGAAGAGAUAUCAACCAUCACUUGUAAGGACAUUGAGACAGGAGGUAACAUUGCAAAGAGUAAACCUGAUGUUGCUACACCUGAGCAGUCUCUUAUAUCAGAUUUUCAAAUCGUCACAAAUUUACAGGGUCAGCUACCUCCUCGUCUUCCCCCGAGGCCACGCCUACCUCCGUUAUCUCGGGAAGAAUGGGAGAGCUAUAGAGAGAUUGAUGGACGCGUCUCUAAAGAAAAUGAAGAGAAGUUUCGUGCAAGAGUAUUUGCUGGAAGUAUUGAUCAUUCAAUAAGACGUGAGGUAUGGAAGUAUUUGUUGGGAUAUUUCAGAUUUGGUGCAACCGAUAUUGAGAGGAUGGAGGAACAGAAGGCAAAAGAAAGAGAAUAUGAAAUAAUGAAGAAGCAAUGGGAGUCGUUCCUUCCUCAGCAGGAAGCUAACUUUGCUCGCUGGAGAGAACUUAGAAACCUUGUUGAAAAAGAUGUUAUUCGUACUGAUCGUGAUGUGGAGUUGUUUCACAGUGUCAGUAGUCCGCAGUUGAAGCAGCUGCAGAACAUUUUGAAAACUUAUAUAAUGUACAACAUGGACCUUGGUUAUGUACAAGGAAUGAGUGACCUCCUCUCAGUGAUAUUAGCCAUUAUGGAGAAUGAGGUUGAUUCCUUUUGGUGUUUCGUUGGACUGAUGGACAUGAUACAUGACCGAUUUGAGAUCACACAAGAAUUCAUGAGAUUGCGUAUCAAGCAACUACGAACGUUGCUUAAGGUAUCUGAUCCUGAAUUCUACAAGUAUUUGGGAGAGAAAGACUCCAACAACCUGUAUCUCUCAUUUCGAUGGCUUCUCGUUGAUUUCAAAAGAGAAUUCCAGUUCUCAGAUCUCAUGAUCUUAUGGGAGGUUUUUUGGACACUUCAUUUGUCACCUGAUUAUCCGUUGUUCUUUGCACUUGCUAUCAUUGAGAAAGAAAGGAAUAACAUGAUGGAUCCUAAAUUUGACUUCAGUGACAUUAUUGCUCAUAUAAAUGGUCUGUCAAAGAAUCUUCAAUUAGAAGAGUUGUUAGAGAAAGCUGAGAGUAUUUGUCGUCAAGUAGGAGCUGUAGAUCAUUUACCUGAAGAGUUGCAGCCUUUGGUCAGACAGCCUCUUCCUCCUCCUUUCACUUUUCCUUCAGCUAAAUGAACACUUGAUUAUUGUUUUUAAUCCUUUUCUGUUGCAAAUAUAUAUAUUUAUUAUGAUAAGGUCAAACAGAGAGAGUGACUGAAUUUCUUGUUUUCUUUACUUUUUAAUAAAAGUUCCUAAUCUGAUGUUAUAUUU